AUGAGAAGUAAAACUGCACCAAGCGACACCCACAAUAAUAUUCGAAAACACCUCUCAAAAAUCCGCGAAAUCAGGUCUGAAAUUGAAAAAGUCCCUGACGACUAUACUCCUCAUGUAACUGCUUGAAGGUCUUCAAUUGAUACUCUCCAAAGAGAGCUGGAGCUCCAAUUAUCUUAUAUCACAAGUUUACGAGCUACCACUGAAGACCCUGAAAAACAAAAAGAAUUGAACUUCAGGGAGUCUUUAUAUGAAAUAAUCAAAGAGAUGGGAGAAGAAUUCAGAAAUUUAGUAUUCCCUAAUUAAUAAAAAUAAUUAUUUUUUUUAUAGUCAAGGCUGCUUAUUUUUCUUAUAUAUAUAAGAAUACAAAUUCUGAAACCCCUUGUCCAUAUCCCUAAAACUUGUGAAUUUAAAAAUUGGGAUAUGAUUACUUUAGACUUGAGGACAGAAUUAAGCAAAGCUGCAAUAGCAGCUGAAAGAGAAGGCCCUGAAAAGACACUUGAGGUAUUAAAAGAAGUUUAUGCAUAUAGAGACCAAUUGAUUUCACAGAUAAUUUAUUCUCUGCUGCAUAAGAAAAUUGUAUUGUGGAUGGAUUUGGGGAUUCAGCAAGAGGAGUAUGUAAAAGGGGAAGUCCUUGUGGCGACUCAGAGUAUUUUGAAGUAUCAAGAAGAGAAUGGACAUAUCCCGACCAAAAUUGAGUAUAAACAUCCGAGGAAUACGAGUGAAGAAGAAACUGGGUAUGUCCCAAAUCUUUUGUCGUCAAUUACAGCGUUUUCUGAAGAGUUUAUAUAGAUUAUUGGGAAUUUUAUUAUAUGAUUUAUAUUUUCAAGGCUUUUUUAGGUAUAAAAAUUGCUUGUUUAUAUGCUAAAAAUAUAGGAAAUAAUAGAAAAUAGAAAUAAAAUAACCAAUAGACUUUGUCUAUUUCAAGGAUGCUAGAGAACAGCUUCAGCUUGCUAUCAAAAAACAAUAAAAUAGGCACCGCCGUUAUCAGUCUACGAGAAGAAAUUGAAUUCGUCAAAAAAGAAGCUGCGAAGUAUGAAAAAGAGCUGCAAAGUGCUAGAAGCUUACUGAAAAGCCCAGACCGCAGAGAAUGGGUCCAGAUAAACAGGGAGCUUCAGCAAACCCAUGAGCAGCUUGAAAACGCCAAUAUGAACAUCCAAAGGCUAAAUAUGGAAAAAAUAAACCUUGAAGCCAGCAAUAACGAGCUGUCUCAAAACAUGAGAGAAAUGGAAAGCAGGCUUAAGAAGCUUAAUGACUCUGUAUUUCCACGGCUCGACGAGCUUGAAAGACUUCAAGGCGAAAUCAUAGCUGAGCUUAAAAAAAUCCGCCAAGAUGCAGAUUUGCUUCCAGAGAUGUUCCACAGUGGUCUAAAUUUUUAUGAAAAUAAUUAUCCCAAGGUAAAUUUUUAAAAAAUAAUUCUCCUCAAGGUAAUUUACCUCAGAAAAUAUUAAUUCCGCAGUGAAGUAAAACUAAAAAAAUUAAUAAGGGACGAAAAGCUUCAAGCUGAAGAAAAAAUGAAACAAGCUUAUGAGGAGCUUUUUGUUAUAAAAUCAAAUAGAGGCAAGCUAGAAAACGAGCGAGACCGAAAAGAAAAAAUCGCAAUGCAAGCUAUUGCAGCUAGAAAUCUGCUUGACGAAAGGCUAAAAGAAAUGCAGUCAUCAAUGGGUGGGGUAGAAAAAAACUUAAAAGAGUCCAAAGAGCUUAACGAGAAGCUGAAACAUGAGCUAGACAGCUAUAAAGAGCAGUUUAAAGAGCUGGAAGAGCAUGUAUAUGUAAUGAAUAAUAGAAUUAAUGAGCUGGAAGACCAAAAGAAAAGCUUAAUAGAUCAGCUUAAAACCUUAGGCGCACAGUCAAAAGCUCAUUAUACAUAUAGGAGGCUGAAGGAUGAAAGUUAA